AUGUUUUCUGCCAACCAAACGCCCGAAGGCUUCAAGAAAGACACUGUGCGCAACGUGGAGUCGACGGCCAAGUUUGUGUGGAACCUGGCGACAUGGGAUCUCAGGGAAAAGGUCAACGCUUCGGCUCAGCAGUUCCCUUUUGAAGUGGACGAGUUUGAGCACGUAGGUUUGGAAAAGGAGUUUAGUUCUUGUCUGCCGGGUGAUGUCCAGAACCCGGUUCCGAUGGUGAGGGAGAGUCCGGUCAAAUUUGAGUGCAGUUAUCACUCAACAUUGCGACUGCCGGGAGCGUCGGUGAUGGGGGGUGUGGACUUGGUGAUUGGAAAGGUCGAAGGGGUGCACAUUGCGGACUGGGCCUUGUCGAAAGAGGGGAAGCUGGAUAUUGGCAAGACGAAACCCAUCGCGCGGUGUGGUUAUUACGACUAUGUGGUCUUGGACAAGACUUUUGAGAUGGUCAUCCCUGGAGGAGAUAAGGCAAUUCUGGCGGGGCUGGAGGGCAACGCGGAGCAGGCACGGCAAAGCAUGGGCCGACCUCCUGACGAACAAACCCUUCCACUGCCGAAAUCCCGACUCCGCUCCGGCUCCGACACCGGCCGGCAAGCUCCACACGUCCCACUGGCAACGGCCGCCAAUGAUUUGUUUGGCAACAUCGACCCCUCACUCACGACAUUUGGGAAGCUCAGUCAUCGACUUCCAGUUUCAGUCUACCUAAUGCUCCAGCUGCCUCUUCGUCCCUGCUUCUACAUCUUCAAAUCCUUUGCCCAACCAUCACUCGCAUCUAUAACCAAAACCAGAGCCUUCUCUCCCUCAUCCCCAGCAAACAUGAAGCUCCUCUAUCCAACUUCCUUGGUACUCGACCCCGCCAAAAUAACCGGCUUCCCCACCCUCACCCUCCACCCCUACGAUGUCAAAUCCCCCACUCUCCCCUCCGAGCACCAUGACGCCGAGAUCCUAGUCACCUGGGCCAACUCCAAAGACAAUCUCACCUACGCGGUCAAGAACCUCAAGGACCUGAAAUGGAUCCAGUCCCUCGCCGCCGGUCCCAAUGACGUCCUCUCGGCCGGGUUUGACGCCUCCAAGGUCAAGAUCACCACCGGCUCUGGGCUGCACGACAAGACGGUUGCCGAACACGCCCUGGGCUUGUUGCUCAAUGCCGCGAGAAGGUUCUAUGAGAUGAGGGAUUACCAACUGCAAGGGAAGUGGCCUGGUCACCUUGGUGGUCCGCAGCCAGAUCGGGAGAAGGGUACCUUCAGAACACUGAGAGAUGCCAGAGUAACAAUUUGGGGAUUCGGCAACAUUGCCAAGUCACUGACACCGCAUCUUGUGGCUUUGGGCGCGACUGUCAAGGGGCUGGCGAGGAGCAAGGGAGUGAGGGAUGGGAUUGAGGUGUUUGGUGAGGAUUCGUUGGAGGACAUCUUGAAAGAAACGGAUGCAUUGGUGAUGAUUCUGCCGGGGGAUGCCUCGACGAAACAUGCUUUGAACAGGGAGAGGCUGGGGUACUUGCCAAACCAUGCGUGGGUGGUGAAUGUGGGGAGAGGAACGUCGAUUGACGAGGAUGCGUUGUUCGAGGCUUUGGAAGGGGAACAAAUUGGGGGAGCGGCGUUGGAUGUGUUUGAGACUGAACCGUUACCAGAGGGCAACAAAUUGUAUGGUGCCAAGAAUUUGAUUCUGUCGCCACAUGCUGCUGGUGGGCGGCCACAGGGUGCUGAGGAGUUGAUUGUGGAGAACAUGAGGAAAUUCUUGGGAGGUCAGGAGUUGAAGAAUAUUAUCUGA